ACGAUCAUAUGAUUACGGGGCGGUCAAUUUAACGCUACAAACGCUUCGAAGCACUUAUAAUGUAUAUACAUAUUGGUAACCAUGGAAACUAUAGAAGCAUCACUUCAGAACAUGAUCUUGUGCAGCGAUCAUUAAUUCCUAAAAUAUAAAUAUUCUUGAAAUAUAAAUAUAAAUAAAAAUGUGUCGGCAAAUAAAUUUUAUUUAAUAAAAGUUAAAAGAGAUAAAAUGGAAAGAUACGUUAUCAACGGGCAGAUUGGCGAAGGGGCUCAGGGCCUGGUCUUAAAGGCACACGAUACAACAGGAGAUCAAGAAGUGGCACUGAAGAAGAUCCUGAUCAAGAGAACCGAGGAUGGCCUGCCUACGUCCAUCAUACGCGAAGUGAGGAGUCUACAGCAGUUAAAGCAUCCUUACGUGGUCGAGCUGCUGGACGCUUUCCCGAACGGCCUAGACUUCGUCAUGGUGUUCGAGUACAUGCCUACAGGCUUGUGGGAGAUCCUGAGGGACACCGAUAUCUGCCUGACCCUCGUCCAGGUGAAAACGUACAUGAAAAUGCUGCUGGAGGGCAUAGCGUACGUCCACGGGAAGAACAUAAUACACAGGGACCUGAAACCAGCGAACCUACUGAUCAGCGACAGCGGUAUCCUGAAGAUCGCGGACUUCGGCUUGAGCAGGCUGAUGUGGAAGGAUGGCAUGAAGCCCUACUCGCACCAGGUCGCCACGCGGUGGUACCGGGCGCCGGAGCUGCUCUACGGCGCGCGCUACUACACGUCCGCGAUCGACAUGUGGUCGAUCGGCUGCAUAUUCUGCGAGAUGCUCAACACCUCGCCGUUGUUCCCGGGUGAAACCGACAUCGAGCAGCUGGCGAUAGUCCUCAAGUUCCUGGGCUCUCCCACGUCCGAGAGCUGGCCCGAGUUGACCACCUUACCGGAUUACAACAAGAUCACUUUCCCGUAUCACAAGGGCACCACCUGGGAGAGCGUUAUCCAGGACGCGCCGCCGGAAGCCAUCGACCUGAUCAGGCAGAUAUUGAUUUACAACUCGUCGAAGCGUCCCACGGCUGAGCAGGCGCUGUGCCACAUAUACUUUUACUCCAAGCCCUAUCCGUCGAUGAGGGAUCUAAUAAAGCCACCGCACGACCAUCGCCUCCGCGUGAAGCCGCGAGAGAUCGACCCGCACGUGCAGGCGAGCACGCUCUUCGAGGGCCUUCUGAGCAUCGCGUAACCAUCCGCACGACGGAUCAUCCGGG